AUGGAGGAAGAUCCUCCUCCGGUUGAGGAGCGGCGGCGGCUCCAGCAGGAGCUGAGCGACUUCGUGGAGAGUUGCUGCCGGACACUGGAGGAGGUGACGGCGUCGCUGGGCUGGAGCCUGGACCGGUUGGACCCUGGGGACGAGGAGGAGGCGCCGGAGGAUGAAGUUGUGAUAUGCCCUUAUGAUUCCAAUCAUCACAUGCCUAAAUCAUCUUUAGCAAAGCACAUGGUAUCGUGUAGAUUGAGGAAACUGGGCUACACCAAAGAAGAAGAGGAUGAGAUGUAUAAUCCUGAAUUUUUCUAUGAGAAUGUGAAGAUACCUUCAGUUACGUUGAAUAAGGACUCACAAUUCCAGAUAAUUAAACAAGCUAGAACUGCAGUUGGAAAAGAUGGUGAUUGUUAUAAUCAAAGGAUUUAUUCUUCUUUACCUGGUGAAGUUCCUCUGAAUCACAAACGGUUUGUUUGUGAUCUAACCCAAGCUGAUCGUCUCGCCAUCUAUGAUUUUGUAAUUGAGGAGACAACGAAAAAGCGUUCCAGUUCUCAAAUCAUUGAAAAUGACAGUGAUCUCUUUGUAGACUUGGCUGCGAAAGUCAAUCAAGAUAAUAGCCGGAAAAGUCCAAAAUCUUACCUUGAAAUCCUGGCGGAAGUGAGAGAUUAUAAAAGAAGACGCCAGUCCUACAGAGCUAAAAAUGUUCAUAUAACCAAGAAAUCAUACACUGAGGUGAUCCGGGAUGUGAUCAGUGUACACAUGGAAGAACUCAGUAGUCAGUGGCAGGAAGAGCAGGAAAAAGCCGAGGAUGAUGCUGAAAAGAAAGAAGAAAGGCGAUCAGCUUCAGUAGAUUCACGGCAGUCUGGUGGAAGCUAUUUGGAUGCUGAAUGUUCACGACAUAGAAGGGAUCGAAGUAGGAGCCCACACAAACGAACGAAAAGUAAAGAUAAGGAUAAAAACUGGGACUCAAGAAGAAAGAAAGAGAGGGAUGGGGAAAGACACCAUAGUCACAAAAGAAGAAAGCAGAAAAUAUAAAUGCAGUGUUUGUGUAUGUAUUAAUUAUGCCAUGAAAACCAGUAUGCUGAUAUUUUCGUUGUAAUUGCUUUGAGUAGGGGAAUGUAUUUUUCUGGUCUGUUUAGUGCUCAGAUCAUUCUUUUUCAAUAAAUACUUAGGUCCCAAACCAUGCCUAUACUAUUAUGCCCUGUAACUUUGCUUUCCUUAUUGUUACAGAUGAUUUGCUUCUUUUUAGUGAUUUUGUUUCAUUCUUUUUUGGUACUAAUGCAUCAUAACAUUCUUUAAUUAAAAAUUCAAUGCUUAAUUAUAUAAGUAAUACGUGAAUACAUUCUCAUUGUGAAAAAUUGGACCUUGUAAAUAAGGCUGAGUUACUCUUGGGGCACCACCUGCAAUCCCUCUGCCCACACCACAGGUAACUGCUGUUUCCUCUCCAUUGGUGAAUUC